AGGGAAACGCGUGAAUCAGAACGACUUACAAGUUUACCUAGAAAAACAAUGAACAUAUUGGGACAAGAGGGGAUAAUAUGAGAAAGGAAACACACUGUGUUGCUGAAUGCCACGUUAUUUCAGCGAGAAUGGCAAGUAUUGUAUUAGUGUUGUGCAGAUCACAACAAUGAUCAAAACACACUUGUCGAUGACAGUUAGAGGUGUUUUAAGUCCAAGAUCAGCACGAUUCAAUCAAGGACAAUACAUUACAUCAUUUUGUUUUUAUGGUGAUGGUUUUAUAAAGCACGAUUUAUCCCAAACAUCCAAAGGAAAGCUGUAUAUUUAUUCUGAAAAUCGAUGGAACACUGCUAAAGAAUUGCCAUGUCAAGAAAAACUUUCAGCGGCAGAAUUUUCAUUUGAGCUUGCCAAUGUGUCUGGUGAACAUAGGUUUGUUCCAUGGGAAAUGAUCAAUUAUUGGCACAUAGUUUAUGCAGAUCCAAACUCUUGUGAUCAAAGUUCUCUUGCUUUACAUGAUGAUCUGUCAUAUACUAUGUACUUCUUGAAUAAAGAUUCACAAGGAAAUCCUUUGAAUCAUUUUAGUUAUGAUAAAGCAGGCCUUCUGUUCUUUUUCAAAGUGGUCUCAAUAAUUUAUUUCAUAUGUGCAUCUUUCUAUGGUCAAGGACUAUGGCACACCAUCAGGAAAGAAGGGCCAAUGCACCAGGUGAUUAAAGAUCUAUCUGUUGGAGUUACAUAUCAUGGUUCAGCAACUUUUCUUAUGUUAACAAGCCUUCUUUGGUAUGCGAAAGAUGGCAAUGAAAACAUUUAUCUUUCGUCACUUGUGAUAGUCUUUCAGUGCCUUGCGGAGUACAAAAUGAUGAGUAUGUCAAUUAGGGUCUCCUAUGGCUGGAUGCUUGGAUCGUCGAAGAACAAGGCUGAUGAUACACUAUCUAGGCAAAUUCAACUAUUUGUCGGAAUAUGUGUACUCUUGGAGAUUUUCUUAUUGUUCUGGAACCACACCAUAUUGCUAUCCAUAAUCAAGUGUGCGGUUGUUGGAGUUGUAGUAUUCAACACUAGGGGCUGCUGUGUUUGGUUUUUGGCGUUACCUGUUUCAACCUUGCUUACUUUUUUUCUUCCUAGUUAUCAUAAAUUAAAGGUCGUUGUAAUCGUCCAGCGAAUUGCCGAAAUCGUUGCUAUAGGCUUGCUUUACAGACUAUUUUUAUCAAGAAGCUUGUACUGGGAGGUGUCUUCACUUUCCUCCGCCACUCUUCCUUUAAGAUUCGACCGAACAUUUGGGAAAAAGAGUUACGAUACGUAUAAGAGAUGAAUUUUUCUAUUAAAAAUACGUAUGAGCUAUAAAUAGAAAGUGUUGUUUUCAUUAAAUUAUAUUUGAAAUCUA